CAUCAGGCAUCCACCAUGGUUGCGGAGAAAGUUUCCAAGCGCGGUGGUUACCGUGAAGCCGAUCAACAUGAAAAGGCUUAUCAAGUGCAGAAAGGUGUAUUUAUGUUUGGAAAGUCCUCAUCCCGCAAGGAGGGGUCCAAGCGCUCAAAGCAUGGUGCGCGAUGGACCAGGGAGGUGGGCCUGGGCUUCAAGACCCCGAAGGAGGCGAAGGCCGGGACCUACGUCGACAAGAAGUGCCCCUUUACGGGAUCCGUCUCCAUUCGUGGCCGUAUUCUCAAGGGCAUCGUCCUUUCCACGAAAAUGAACCGCACCAUCAUCAUCCGACGGGACUACUUGCACUGGGUCUCCAAGUACAGCCGUUUCGAGAAGCGCCACAAGAACUUGGCAGCGCACUGUUCGCCCGCCUUCCCGCAGGUGAAGGAGGGCGACAUUGUGACGGUCGGCCAGUGCCGCCCUCUGAGCAAGACAGUCCGUUUCAAUGUACUUCAGCAUGAACCCUCCAUCAAUCAGGCGUUAAGCAUCAAGAAGCAGUUCCGCGUCUUUUGAGCAGGCCAGAGCUACGGGCGAUGGAGGCGUGUCCAUGCUCUGCAUUGAGAGUGGGAAUGGGUUACCGACACCGGAAGGAGGAGGGGAAAUUCAGGGUGAAAGUUGUUCAAUAAUGCGCCACCUCGAUCAUGCAAGGGCUCCUGAGCGCGUCGGGCAGCACUGUGGUAGCUGAAAGAAGAAAAAGAAUGCCCCACGGGUUCUGUCUC